AUGGAAAUUCGACGCCCAGCUGCAGUUAGGUCGAUUCACAGAGCAAGAAGUAGAGUGAAUCCUUCUAUACCACAAUUGUUGAGUGAUUGGUCCGAUAUCAUGAAUUCAGAAGAGUUUGGGGCUAGACUCUUAUAUGUCAAUGGGUCAACUGAUGAGUCAUUUUUUCAAGGUUCCCUAGAAAUCCUUAGGGAUGAUGGAAGCAUUCGCUUUGUUGGGUUAGUGUUCACAAACGUAGAAUUCUUGAACCAAAUGAAUGCACAUAUACAAACGGUAAGGACACUGUGCAUGGAUGGGAAAUUCCAAAUUCGUCCAAGACAACCGCCAGAUAUUGAACAAUUGUUCACAAUACAAAUUAUUUUGAAUAAUGUGGCAAUUCCAAUAGUUCAUGUCCUAAUGGUAGAUCGACUAAUAGAGUCAUAUUGUAGAGUCCUACAAUAUUUAAGACAUGACUUAAAUUUAAAUCUUGAAUUUGAAAAUCUUCAAAUAAUAACGGAUUUUGAACAAGGGCUAAGAAAUGCAAUUAACAGAGUACUGCCCGAAGUCAACAACUCAGGGUGUUGGUUCCAUUUUAUCCAAGUUAGUGUUAAAAAUGGAUAUAAUUGA